AUGUCUGCGCCGGGCGAAUCCACGAUGCCGGCGACGCGCCGUACUCGGAAAUCAAUCGGCGUGCACACAGAGCUUUCAAAUCGUUCACACAAGGAAAAUGCUACCAUUGAUGUUGGCGAGUCCAUGGCUGGCAGUCGCAAAUCACGGAGCAAGAGCAUAGGCCCGGGCGGAAUAGAUGCGCUCAGGCAAGGAACUGGGAACAGGCGCGCGUCUCUUGCUGUACCAUCCAAGGUUCCUCGCUCGAUCCUGAAGCCCAGCAUUUCUCCGCUACCCGAAAUCCCGCCAUUGCGAUCACAAUCAUCGAGAAAGUCAGUAGGCGUGUCAACGGUUAGCCCGCCCGAGGACGAAUUGAGCGGAUCAAAAAUCGCCGUAAGGACAGAAGAAGAGCAACAAGCCGCAGCUAGAGAGAGAGAGGAGCGGGACAGGCGAGAUGCUCGUCGCAAAUCCUUAGCCAAUCGCAGAGUCUCUUUUGCUGCAGAAGCAACACUGCACACGUUUCACGAAGUCGAGUACAUGCAGAAGAAUUCGGCAGAGUCUAGAAGGAAAUCAAGCUCGGGCUCAAUCAUCCAAAAUGCGGGCCCUCAACUUGCUGCCUCCGACCAGAACACGAAAGGGAAGCGGACUUCGCUUGCUGCGCAGAAUGGUAUUCAGAGUCAAGGUGAUAACACCACCUCGAUUAUAUAUAGCUCUGAUUCCGAACCUGCAGAUGCGGUGGAAGAGAUUGCUACAGAUGAGGAAGAGGUGGAGGAAGAGGAAGAAGAAAACUCCAACAGCGACUCUGAUGACGGAACAAUGAUGAGCGUGGAGACAGAGGAGGUUACAGGUACUACCGUGGCGUCUGAGAGAACCUUGAGUGACCUGGAAGAAUCAUCUACGCUUGACGAGGCUCUCCGCAUGGCUGCUCGACAGGCAGCAACUCAGCAGCUAGGAGACGGUGAUUCCGACGAUGGUGAAGAAAUCAUCCCCUCGUUUGGUUGGGUGAAAAAGGCAAACCGGCAGCCCCCAACUAGUGGUAACGAAGAACCUACAAAGGCACCGACAGAUCACAACAACGAAGACGGCACAGAGAUGGACAUGGACAUGGAUAUGGACAUAACUGUUGCAAUGGGGAAAAUUAUAAAGCCGUCUGGGCCUGACGAAACUGACGCGGAGCAAGAACAAGAGGUUUCUAUGGACGUGACCCGUGCAUUUGGCGGCAUUCUCCCGAAUGAUAGAACCAAUGGCGCGCCUUUAGAUCCAGGUGAGAUGGAUGAUGACCCCAUGGAAGAUGUUACAAUGGAAUUCACGACUAUGGUGGGCGGGAUUCAAUACCCUGAGCUACCAGAUGUCGACUCCGAGGUUGACCAAAACGAAGAAAUGUCAAUGGAGCUCACCAGUGUCAUGGGUGGCCUGCUAGCCCGUCAACAACGAGAGCAGCACCAGGCAACGCGGCGAGAGACGCUGAACCGGACUUCAAAAUUGGAUGACGAUGCCACAAUGGAUAUGACUCUUGGAUUUGGAAACAUUCUUUCGAGUGCCCCCCAGAACGAGGGCACUGAGAGAAAUGAAGAUGCUGAUGGCGAUGCGACAACCGGCAUGGAUAUAACCACAGCUAUUGGCGGGAUUAUAAGAAAUACCUCUCAAGCGCUCAGGAAGAGCUUUUUUGGCUCACAAACAGACAAACCGGAGAACGUAUCGCAACUGUCUCCUGAGGAGCAUAGCCCUGUUCAAAACACAACAUCCACACCCAGUACUGCGUUACAACCUGCACCAGAAAAUCCGACACAAUCUGCUACGCCUCGAGCGCUGGAGGAGCCGAUACUUGAUUUCUCAACAACUCCACCAACGCCGAAGUUUUCGACUGCACCGAAGCCACCUGCAACACGCAGGUCAACUACGCCCAAGGCCUCGGCAAUACCCAAAUUAGUGACUCCCAAAUCCUCGACGGCACUCAAGUUAACAACACCCAAAACUUCAACAACCCCCAAAACUUCGACGACACCCAAAGCUUCAACAACCCCCAAGGCUUUGACGACCCCUCUGCAAACUUCGGCAUCAACAAAGACAACAACGCCGAUAUCGCAGAGCCGGGUUCUUCGAUCCUCGUCUAUAAAAUCGCCUUCGAAGAGUGCAAGCCGAACACCCUCCCCUGCGAAAUCAUCGCAAAAGAGUGCUGCAAAAGCAACGCCGCGGAAGGAUUCUACUCCUCGGCGACUUUCUGGGGUUGGUGCAGACAGAAAUGGCCUGGGAUCACCCCAGGUUGCGGCUAUUUUUGAUCGGCGAGAGUCGUUGAGCGAUUCAGCCAGCAUAUUCGUUCCUGGAAAGCGUGCUGUUGCAUUCAGCGACCCCAAGGACUUGGCGGCAGAGGUUGAUGAAAGCGAUGAAGGAACCCAGUCGAAAUCUGGUGGUCGAGAUGCUACGCUCAACCUUAGAGAGAUGAUUGAUAGCAUGAGCCCCAAGCGAAAUCCUUUGAGAGGCCGGAAGAGCCUCCAUAUUGGAAGUGCCAGGGGCCUCCUGGGUAAACGACCCAUUGAAUCGGACGAGGAAGAUGAUGCAGAGGAGAAUGAUGGCGUAAAGAGGUUAAAGAACCGCCAGGGCAGCCCUGUCAAGAACGUGAGACUUCAGCAGCCCCCUUCCAAAGAAGAGACGACUGGUAGGCUCCGAAGAUCAACCCGACUGAGCUUGGACUUUGCUGGAAAGAUGCCCCAAACAGCCUUUUCAUCUCCUCUAAAGGGCGGUGAUGGCAGCGGUCCGCUGGGCCAGAAGCACCCCAUGGCUGCAAAAGAUAACCAAACGGUUCACGAUGUCCAAAUUCAUCAACCUACGGCCAGCAACGACUUUCAGUUUUUGGAGACAAUUGAUGAGAGCCAGAUGCAGCUUCAGGACUUCUUGAACUUGACCUCGAUUCGUUUUAUGGAGCUUAACACUACGAAAAGGCGCCACACAAUUGCACCAAGGACAUCACAGAGCGGAAGUCUGGCAGAUGGGGAGGGUGAUCGGUCGCUUGAGCGACGUGUCAUGGCUGGCGCCUGCACCGUGCCCAUGCUGGAACUAUAUCAGCAUUCCUGCCGAGAACUGAAGAAGUAUAUAUCUGAAGGACGGAGAAUAGUAAAGGAGAUUGAGACCGAGACAUUCGAAGACAAUCCUCCGCUGUUCCGAGAGUACAUAUCUGCUACUGCUGAUGUCAAGGCGUUGAUGGACAAUCAGUUCAAGAAUGUCAGAACUCAUGCCCGUCACCUUAGCAAGGCGAUGUGGUACGAAUGGCGGAUGAAGCUACAGGACGGACUAAACGAAGGCCUUAUCAGUAUCUCUGAGGGCAUGGAUGGCGAUGUCAAAGUUCUUGAAGAGCAGGAGAACCUUUUGAAAACUGUGAUGCCCAAUCUUGUGAGCCGAUACGAAUCGCUCUUGGAAGAAAGCAACAACCUGGAAGAAGCCGCAAGAGAAUUAGCCGACUGUGAUCCUGCCGAGCUUCAAGCCGCCCGGGAUGAAUUGACCAGUCUAGACGAUGAUAUUGCUCAGAAGAAGAAACUUAUUGCCCAGCUUCGACAAGAGUUUGAGGCAUCUGAAACCGACGUGGAGGAAUUAACGGCACAAAAAACGCAGUGCCUUGCAGAAAUACAAGAUUCGGAACGAGUCAGAGAGGAGUGCCGUGGCUGGACCAGCACCGAAGUUAACAAUCUUAAAGCACGGGUGGAGGCCAUCGAAAAGCAGCAUGGAUGGGCCGUAACGGGCAUCUCAGGGUCAACGCUCUCGAUGACGUACAAGCGAGAGAUUGAGCUUGUCCUCGAUAUGAAGUCUUUCCAACCUCGGCAGCCAAACUCGCCUAUAGAUUUGUGGUACCUUGCCGAUAGCCGUACCGCCAAUCCUUUACCGAAGACUACAGAAAAGGAAUUCCUCCUGCAGUGUGUACGCGAGCAUAUUCGGGCAUUGUCACAGAGCCGCACGAAGCUGUCUCAUCUCCUCAGCGUAAUAGGAGCCGCAUGGGACAAGAGUAAAUGGAUCUCCCGUGAGGUCAAACGUAUCAAUGUAACGUUUCCCACAAAGGUUACCAAAACAUCCGACUCCAGCAUUACCAUUACUAGUUCUCUCUUGUUGGCGCCUUUGGAAACGCGAGUCGAGGUGGCUUUCAACCUCAAAGGGUCUAGCGGGCCGGAGGGAGUGAAUGUAGAUGUUUCAACGGACGCCAAGGUGGUGUAUGGGGAACAAUUCAAUGUGGGCAAGGUUGGGGAGUUCUUGGGUACUAGGAUUGGGAAGAGUGUGGGAGCGGAGGGUGAGCAGUGGAGCAACGUUGUGAUUGAGUUAUAUGAGAAGCUUAUUGCUCGGGGGAAGAAGCAAUAA